UUUCUCGGUUACGUUUUGCGUGUCGCGUUUCUCGUCUUAUUCUCGAAACGUUGAUUGGAAACAGCGCCGGCGAUUGCGGGCCUCGGUACCGGAACCACGGCGACCCACUGGGCUCAUAUGCGGGCUCGCAGGCGCUAAAGAUGGAUGGAAUGAAAUGCCACCCAGAUAGGCGUAUCUGCUUUUACUCCGUGGAAAUUCGCGUGCAUUGAUAUACGGAGCAUAUCUGGAGAAAACGGCCUGUUUACUGAUUGUUUACAAACUAAUCUGUAAAAGCAGAUUAUAAAGCUGGCUGCCGUUUAUUAGGCCGGAUAGGAUUGUUAGCGGGAUGGCUAUCUGUGGUGGCUAAUCCAUUAAUAACUGCCUUAAAUUAUAGAUCGCUAAUAACUGGAAGUACGCCUGACCCAGUUAUAGCCUUUUUACCAGUUAAACCUCGUGCUGCCUAAGUAUAUCCAUUUCUGAAAUAGUUCGGUAAGGUUUAGCUAGAAUGCGAAAUGUAGGAAUAUUAUUUGAUUGCAUAGUAAGCGUUAAGGCAAAACUCAUCUCAUGUUAUGAAAAGGAUAACUAUGAAAAUAAGUCAGAACCUCAUUACUCAUCAAUUGCGAUCAUUGCGUGUCUAAAGCAGGGCUCAUUAACAGAGGCACCUAACAUAUAUAUUAGUGACAGUGCAUUGAUGACACGGUGCAAUUCAGGCAUUCCUCCUUUUGGAAAAAGUGCCCCUUAAAGGCGUCCAGCUCAGCAUGACAGAAUAAAUCACUCAGCUAAUCUAUGUUUAGGUACCUAGGUCUGGGUUUUUCACUGAAGCAGUUCUUGUGAAGCACCUUUCUGUCCAGUACAAGAAUAGUUCCUGCCCUAGAACUAGAAUCGGUCCAGUCUGCUCACCCGAAAAACUAAUCUCAGAAUAUCUCAAAUAAGUGGGCAGUCUUAGAUACAUUUUAGCCGCUGCAUUCAUGCCUUACUGCCAAACACAGAAAGACGGCGUGAGCGCAGGUGCAACGAACUUCACAGGCAACUGUAAGAAAACGGGCAGCUGACGAUGACAAUCGAUUGAAUGUAAGCAUUCUGGCUUUGGCAGUAAGAGACAGAGGAUCAGACGGGACCCUCGAUCUCCGUCUGACUCCAGCAAAUGCAGCAAGGGCAUGCAAAGUGCCCCCCUCCCGCUAACUGACUGGAGCUCGUGAGCGGGACAUGGGAGGGUGAGCGCCUGCCGGAACCUCAAUGCUGACCAGCAGCAGCAGCGAGAGGGCACCAGCCACCAUGGUGACGCUGGUCACAGCGAGACUGCAGCAGCAGAGACUCACCGACUCCCCCUGCAGGACAUACAGCGUCAGCCUGGGUUCCACUGAGGCCGAGAGCCAAACUGGGAACCAGUCAUUUCAUAGCAUCCAUGGCCUAGGAGAGAGUGACUGGAAUGCAGCCAGCCAGAGCUUCGGCCCCAGGGCUGAGUGUUUGGUCCGGACUGUUCCUCUCCCGGUGAGGGGUGACCAUGCGGCGGGGCCGGGGGAACGGGUCGGGGCAGGGGGCACGCGCGGCUGGCCCGGCAUCCUGAGCCCGAGUGCGCCGUGCCGCCCGUCGCUGGCCCUGCCCACCAAACGCCACUGCCGCUCCCUGUCAGAGUCCGACAAGCUGAUGCGCUGCCGGUCGCCGUGGAAACCCGGUAGCGGAUCCGGAGUGUGGACGGCGGUCUCCCAGCGCCGAGACGGCGACAGCUCGCCGGAGGUGACCUCCUUCAUUCCCCGGCCCUCGUCCGCCAGCAGCGGCUUCGCGGACGGCAGCGAGAGGAGCGACGUCUGCUCUCCCUCGUCCUCCUCCUCUGCGGCGCAGCGCUCGUCCGACGGCAGCCCCUGCCGCUGCUUUUCUGUCUCCCAGGAGCUGCUGGACGCAGCGGUACUGGCCCCCCUUCCCCGGCCCCGCUGCCACUCCCAGCCCAGCGAGCUGCAGGAGCACCGGAACCGGCUGAAGCGGCGCCGCGGAGAAGGCCGGCCGUGGACCCGCCCCGCACUGGACUUCCUGAAGAUGACUCGGACGUUAAAAAGUUCCAGAAGUCUCUGCUCCCUGGACUAUGACGACACCGGAGACCCCGAGACGGACCCGAGGUCAUCGCCUUCCGCCGGGAAUACGGCCGCGGAUCCAGCCAGGCCUGGCGUUAGCCCCGCUGCAGACCACCUGUCCCUGUAUCGUCACCACCCCCCCCACCUCAAACGCUCAGCAGCUCUGAGCGAGAGUGACGAGGACACCAGUGACACCGAGCAAACAGACACGGCCGCGUUCCCUCUGGAAUGUGGCGAUUUGGACCUGGAAGAGAUAGAAAACAACUGAUUCCCUGUGGACCUCAAGCCCCCCCAUCUACGUGUGGGAGGCUCCGGUCAGAGGAGACGGACCUACCUGUGUCUACAGAAUGCCGAGGGUGGAACGACAUGAAAACGGGAAAAUUAAUGAAUCACUAAACUUUGUUGUAGAAAAAAAAAAAGUAAAAUAGGACAUUGGGGAAAAAAACUACUUGUUAACCUUCAGUGAGGGUCUCUUUGGAUCAGACUGGAUUAGUCGUGUUAUCGGCGAGGGGGUGACGCCCGGCUGGCUUUGGGUGACCAGCCGAUCUCUGACCGAAGCAGCUCAUUUUCCUGGCCGGACAGAGAUGGUUAGAGGUUAAAGGGACAUCACGAUCGGCCGUGCCACGACGUCGACAGGACAGUUACCUCGAUCAGCUUCGUGUUCUCUUUUUUCAGUUUCACCAGGCCCCGUUUUGAUGGGACACUGACCUGCAGGAGCUUCUCCUGCUGCUGGGCACUGACGUGCAUGUCUCGGAGCUCCAGGCAGCGGUUCCGCAGUUCAUUCGUGAGCUCCUGGAUGCACCUCUGA